AUGAACCGUCACCCUCCGUCCAGCUACGGGGACGAGCCUCCAGCGUACAUGGACGACGAGCAAUCUUCGUUUCUUGACGAGCCCGGGUCUCCCACGGCCCCUUCGCGUCACAAUAGCGCCACGAUGCGGUUGUUACCCACUACGGGCGACAACCGGGAUAUGAAUAGCAGCCAGAGGGCACCAUCCCCGUCCCAUUAUGAGUCGGAAUAUUUGAAUUCUACUCCGACAAGGCAAGCACCGGAUUACGACAGCCGCUUCUACCAGGUCCCGAGCGUGUCUUCACCAUCCCGCCCGGCAUCUAGUCUGGGCAGUGCCCCCAAUCUACCCCCUCCUACCGCCAGCCUGGCGGACACUUCCGUCUACCCAUCUAUUCCUCCCCGAACAGGCUCCCCGACGCGUCCUUGGAGUCCGUCCCAUGUACGCGCACCCUCCGUUUCUACGGCCAACUAUGAACGUGCCGAUAUCAAUGGCAGUCCGCGGCCGGGAACGCCCAGCUCGCGGUAUGGGGGUAGCCCUCGACGCCCAUUGCCGCCGGCACCGCUCUUUUCCAAGCCAGCAUCGACGAACGGUGCGGACACGAGCAUCGACAUUGGCGAUGGAUUUGGUGCGGAGGAUCCUUUUGGUGGCAACGGCCGAACAAUUUACCAUGGCUCCCGUGGCAGUGUGCGCUCCUUCAUGAGCGAGUCGACGGUUAUGGGAGAUGAAAAGGAAGAAAUGACCAAGGUCGACUUGGACGACGAAGACGACGAGGCCAGCAUGAUUGACCCCAACCUCCACUAUGGUCCAGCGCCGGAAAAGCAGGGUCGUCGUGGUGUCCGCUCGGCACAGACGGCGAAGAAGGAAGUUCAGCUGAUCAACGGCGAGCUGAUCUUGGAGUGCAAAAUCCCAACCAUCCUUCACAGCUUCCUUCCGCGCCGCGAUGACCGUGAAUUCACGCACAUGCGGUAUACGGCCGUGACAUCUGAUCCGGAUGAUUUCACGAACCGGGGUUACAAACUUCGACAACAGAUCGGGAGCACCAUGCGCGAGACCGAGUUGUUUAUCUGUGUGACCAUGUACAACGAAGACGAGAUUGGCUUUACUCGCACGAUGCACGGCAUUAUGCGCAAUAUCAGCCACUUCUGCUCGCGUUCCAAGUCCCGCACCUGGGGCCGCGAUGGGUGGAAGAAGAUCGUGGUCUGCAUUGUGGCAGAUGGCCGUAAGAAGGUCCACCCGCGGACCCUCAACGCCUUGGCGGCCCUCGGUGUCUACCAGGAGGGAAUCGCCAAGAACAUUGUCAACCAGAAGCCGGUCACUGCUCACGUGUACGAGUACACCACCCAGGUGUCGCUUGACUCGGAUCUCAAGUUCAAGGGUGCCGAAAAGGGCGUCGUUCCCUGCCAGGUGAUUUUCUGUCUGAAGGAGCACAACCAGAAGAAGUUGAACUCCCACCGAUGGUUCUUCAAUGCCUUUGGUCGUGCCCUCCAGCCCAAUAUCUGUAUCCUUCUCGAUGUCGGUACCAAGCCGGAGCCAACUGCCCUUUACCACCUGUGGAAGGCCUUUGACCAAGACUCCAAUGUCGCCGGUGCGGCCGGAGAGAUCAAGGCUGGUAAAGGUAAGGGUAUGCUGGGACUGCUCAACCCCCUGGUGGCGAGUCAGAACUUUGAGUACAAGAUGUCCAACAUCCUUGACAAGCCGCUCGAGUCUGUGUUCGGGUACAUUACCGUGUUGCCUGGUGCGCUCAGUGCGUAUCGCUUCUUCGCGCUGCAGAAUGAUGCCGACGGCCACGGGCCGCUGAACCAGUACUUCAAGGGCGAAACUUUGCAUGGCCAGGACGCCGAUGUGUUUACUGCGAACAUGUACUUGGCCGAGGACCGUAUUCUUUGCUGGGAGCUCGUGGCCAAGCGGGAAGAGAGAUGGGUCUUGAAGUUCGUCAAGAGCGCUGUUGGCGAAACUGAUGUUCCUGACUCGGUCCCUGAGUUUAUUUCCCAACGACGACGAUGGCUCAAUGGUGCCUUCUUUGCGGCUGUGUAUUCCAUCUUCAAUGCCAAGCAGAUCUGGAAGACGGAUCACACGCUGGCACGAAAGAUCUUGCUGCACAUUGAAUUUGUGUACCAGUUUUUCAACCUUCUGUUCACGUACUUUGGAUUGGCCAAUUUCUAUCUCGCUUUUUACUUCAUUGCCGGCUCGUUGACUGACAAGAAGCUCGAUCCGUUCGGUCACAACAUGGGCAAGUAUAUCUUCAUCGUACUUCGCUACGCGUGUAUUCUGGUCAUGUGUUUGCAAUUUAUUAUUUCCAUGGGCAAUCGGCCGCAAGGCGCCAAAAACCUGUAUCUUUCUGGCAUCAUUGUGUACAGCAUCAUCAUGUUCUACACCAUCUUCUGUACUUUGUACUUGGUGGUGAAAGAAUUGAUGUCGCGUGCCGGGGCCGGUAGCGAUUCAAUGGAUGUCACGGACGGGCUGAUGGUCAACAUUGUCAUGUCCAUGCUGUGCACUGUCGGGCUCUACUUCUACACGUCCUUCCUCUACCUCGAUCCAUGGCACAUGUUCACGUCGUCGGCGCAGUAUUUCCUGUUGAUGCCCAGCUACAUCUGCACAUUGCAGGUUUACGCUUUCUGCAACACGCACGAUGUCACAUGGGGUACCAAGGGAGACAACGUGAUCAACACGGAUUUGGGAACAGCCAAGGUAAUCAACGGGACAACGGUGGUGGUCGAGAUGCCUUCGGAGCAGCUGGAUAUUGACAGCGGCUACGACGCGGCCCUGCGCAAUCUCCGGGACCGCCUCGAGGUCCCCGAGCCGCCCGUGUCAGACUCCCAGAUGCAAGAGGACUACUACCGAGCCGUGCGCACGUACAUGGUGUCGAUCUGGAUGGCCGCCAACGUCGUCCUCGGUAUGGCCGUGUCCGAAGUGUAUGGCACCGACUCCGGCGGCACUAACAUCUAUCUGGCCAUCAUCUUGUGGUCCGUGGCUGUUCUCGCUCUUGUCCGUGCCACUGGCUCUACAACCUACGCGAUUUUGAAUCUCGUCCACAAGAUUGUUGAAGGCAAAACCAAGUUCGAUGCCGGGAACAUCACCAACUUCACUCCCAGCUCUUACGGUGGCAGCAGUAUCAAUGGCAGCUCUGAUACUGGUGGCAAUUCUUCCUCCUCGCGCCCUGUGCGCUAUGGCGGCGGUGCUACGCUCAAGGAUCGCUUUGCUGAGGCGCGUUGGGCGACGAGUCGGAAAGUGGGCAAGCUCAUGUUCUGGCGGAAGUAG